AUGGUUGUUUCAGAGGCUGGUGCAAUGUUUAUUAAAGCAGUCAACACUCAAGGGUCAGUGAAGGACAAAGAGUACAUUUCUAAGUUGAUCAUUGAGACAAUUACGGAAGUUGGGCAUCAGAAUAUCGUGCAAGUAAUCACGGACAAUGCACCAGUUUGUAAGAGUGCAGGGCUACUUGUAGAAGGUCAGUUUAAACACAUUUUUUGGAAUCCAUGUGUAGUCCACACACUAAACCUUGCUUUAAAGAAUAUAUGUCAUCCGAGAGAUAUUCGAACUAAUGUUUUAGUAUAUGAAGGGUGUGCUUGGAUUAGUGAAAUUAUUGAUGAGGUGGUACUGAUCAGAAACUUCAUCACUAAACAUUUCAUGAGAUUAGCCAUGUUUAAUGAACAUGUGGAGUUAAAAUUAUUCACACUUGGAGAGACAAGUUUUGCCUCUAGUAUUAUAAUGCUUCAAAUAUUUAAAGAUGUGAAGCAAGGACUCCGUAACUUGGUAAUUUCCAAUCAAUGGUCAUCAUAUAAAGAUGAUGAUCCUAAUCAAGCAUUGUUUAUAAAAGAGAAGUUGUUGGAUGAUGAUUGGUGGAACACUUUGCAGUAUGUUAUUGAUUUUACAAAACCUAUCAUAGAAAUGCUUAGAUUAUGCGACACAGACGAUCCUUGUCUUCACUUGGUUUAUGAAAGGUGGGAUCGAAUGAUAGAUGAGGUAAAGAGCAUUAUACAUCGCCACGAGGGCUUACAAGAAUAUGAUAUUUCACCAUUUCAUAUGGUGGUGGACGGGAUUUUAACAGAUCGUUGGAGUAAAAGUAGCAAACCACUUCACUCUUUGGCACAUUCAUUGAACCCAAGGUAUUAUAGUCGUCAGUGGCUUGAUGAACGUCCAGGGCGUGUUCCACCACAUAGAGAUCUUUUGAUUGCAGGUCAAAGAUUGAAGUGUUUCGAGAGGUAUUACGAUGCAGAUGAGUUAAAAGAAGUUAACAUUGAGUAUGCUAAGUUUUCAUCUUGCCGUGAAGAAUUUGCAAAUGCAAAUACCAUAAAUGAUAGAUGGAGUAUGAAUCCUUAUGUGUGGUGGGUUACUUAUGGGGUGUAUGCUCCUUUACUUCAGAAAAAAGCACUCAUGUUUCUUGGACAACCUUGUUCAUCUUCUUGUAGUGAGAGAAACUGGAGUACGUAUAGUUUCAUAAAUUCUGUGAAGAGAAAUAAAAUUACUCCACAAAGAGGUGAAGAUUUGGUAUUUGUUCAUACUAAUCUGCGUCUCUUAUCAAGACGAAGCCCAGAAUACUUGCUAGGGGAUACAAGAAUGUGGGACAUUGGAGGUGAUUCUUUUGAUACUAUGGAGGGUACUGUUGGUGUACUUGAAGUUGCUGAUCUUUCUCUUAAUGAGCCAGAGAUGGAACGCAUGAUAUUGGAUGAUAAUGAAGCUAAUGUGGAGGAGCUAUACCCCCUGGUUUGA